AUGCUUCCCGGUAUCCAAUUUUCGCUCAUUUGUCUUCAAUUAUGGCUUCAACUACACACGGCUUUCGCCUUAUCUACUAUACCCUUGACCAACCCUUCUCUCUCCCUCAUGAAAAACCCAGCAGCUUCAAACUUCUCAAAGCCAACGUAUCCCCAACUCCACAUCCAACUUCCAGCCCGUACUGACAUUCCUCCCACCAGCUCCGACAUCUUCCCAAUCCCCAACAUCGACCUUGUCCUCAGUUUCAGCGUCUUUGGCCCCAUUCUGGAAAUCUCCGAACUGAACGAACUUCUGACCCGAGCUCAAGACGACAUCCAGACGCUAAUCAGUCGGCACGGCGCCGACCUCCUUACACCCGAUGAUGAAUAUGCACCGUGGCAUACCGGAGACAUAGCGUUAGAGGUUUACAAGGUCACUACAGACGGGCGUUUGACGCUGGGCCAGUUUCGCAGUUUGAUAGAAGGACUAGGGUUGUACAUGAUCAAGGGGAAGAGAUCUAGGGAAGCGAAGUUUCGGCUGUUGAGGAAGGGAGAGAUUUCGUUGACGAGCUUGGCUGGGGGGGAUAUUUGGUUGAUUGGACCUGAUGGUGGGAGCGAGAGUUCAGUGGCUGUAGGAGAUACCGACCAGCCAUAUCGGCCUGCUGUCGCCACACACCUGCCAGUAGAGAACUAG